AUGGCCAACGGCUCGAUCGCCAGGGACAAGGAGUUUCGCGAUCAGUUGGGCAAAUUCCGUCUCGAGUCCGUCGUUACUCCGCUUCCUCCUCUCCGUUCGUCUUCUUCUUCGUCCCAGUCACAGUCACAGUUGCAGCCUCGAUCCGUGCCUCCUCUUUUUCCGUCGCCCAACUCCGCCGCCAGUGUCGCUUCCCCGCUGCAGCCUUCUCACGGCACCCGCCCCAAACGCGUCUCCACCGCGUGUGAUUUUUGUCGCAAACGCAAGAAAAAAUGCGAUUUCCGAUAUCCCAAUUGUUCUGCGUGUACUCGCGCCGGUGUCCGAUGUACUGUUCCACCACCUGGCCCGCAGAUCGCCAGCGCCUCCGUCCCUCGCGACCAGCUUGAGAAUCUUCAGAAACGAGUAGAAUGGUUAGAAGAUGUCCUCCGACGGAAGACAGGGCUAUCGGUGGCCGAGCUACCAACGGGGAGCAAUGUGGAUGGGGAAGGCGAUCCGGAUUGGUGGUACCAGGUGCCCGCCAUAAUGGCCAAAUAUAGCACUCGACACUCCAUCGGUGCGGGCAGUGCUACGACGUCAAGUCCUGCCGGUAGCGGGCGAGGGUCCUCGACCGGUCCGCCAGCAUCGGAAACGUCGGGGUUUGGAACGGAGUUGCCCAAUGUAGGGGAGAUUUUUCGCGACCAGCUUGAGCACCGUCGGCCGUCGGUCGCACGCCCGACAGUGUCGGCCCCGCGCGUCGUCCGUUUACCGUCCUUGGAAGAGGCGGAGCGAAUAGCAAGCAAUUACUUUGACAGCAUGGGUUACCAGUAUCCUUUCUUGUCGCGACCGGACUUUAUGGCGCUUCUACGACACAUCUACGCGGGCGGAGUACCGACUCCGGAAGAUCACUACUCCUACCAUAUCACGAUAGCAAUUGCGCUGUUGAUCGGAUCGGCGGACGACGCGCAGAUCAGCGAGUUCUAUCGCGCUAGUCAGCAGACACUCUCGCUGGCCUUGCAGAACGAGGACCUGGCCGCAGUGCGGGCAUUGCUGAGCCUGGCGCUAUAUACAAUGUUUGCGACCACCGGCCCCAGCGUGUGGCAUGUUCUGGGGACGGCCAUGCGACUGGCAACUAGUCUUGGUCUUCACAAGAUGCGGUCCUCUGCUAGUCUGAUGGAGGAGGAAAUGGCCAAGCGGGCGUUCUGGAGUCUGUAUAAUCUCGACCGGUUGAUUGCAUCAACACUGGGGCGACCGUUGGGGAUCGCUGAUGAGGAUAUCAGCGUGGGUUUGCCCCGGGAGUUUAACGAUGACUGGACAGAAGUGCCAGGAGGCAGUACCAUGACCAUUCCGGUUCAGGUGGUUAAGCUGCGCCGCCUGUUCUCCCGGAUCUAUCGUUACUUAUACAACAAUCAACCGCCUCCUGAUCCUCAAGAAGUUUCGAUGAUGCUGGUACAAUUCCGGCAAGAGCUUGAUGACUGGCGGACGGCCGCGCCUGUGUAUCCGCCUGCACUAUUGUACUCGACCAGCUACUACGAUUAUCUCUACUACACUACUCUACUUUUGAUGUACCGGCCCAGUCCGAGGAAUCCCACCCCUGACGCCAUUAGCAUUGUUAGCUGUGGCGACUCCAGCAUUCAGGUCAUUCGAUCGUACUGGGACAGCUAUUCGGUGGGCAAGAUCAAGUGGAUCUGGCUCACGCUGAGCCAGACAUAUUUCGCUGGAAUCACCAUUCUCUGGUGUUUAGAACAAAAUUCACGAGCCUUUCGCGAUGGACGACCGCCCUUGUGGCAGCCGGAUGAGCAGAUGAUGCGCCGGGCCAUCCAAGCGGUGAUUGUGCUGCUGGAGGAGUUUGGUAAACGACGGCCGGGAGUGGAAAGACUCGCGGAGACUUUUCGGUGUCAAAGCUCGAUGAUUUUCAGCCAAAUGCCAUAUCAGCAGCAACACAGGCAGCAACACCCGCAGCAGGAAACACCCUAUCCCCAACCACAGCCACCUCCUCCCCCUACCCCACCGUCUUCGCUGCCAGCCAUCCCACCGCCGCCGGUGCCACUGGCGCCGAUGCUGGAUGAUGUGUUGCUGGUUGAUGGGAUACCCCGGCAGAUUGACCCUCAAUUGGCAGAGCAACUGUUUUACUCCUAUGAUUGGUUUCAGGAGGAGAUGGCGACAUAUUAUACCCUAUAG